ACAAGUGUUUCUGAUCUGGAGCAAAUCACAGAACAAUGGAAAGAGAUUCAUAUGAAUUCCCAAACUGAGAGUGAUGCUCAAAACUACAUUCUUGCCAACAUCAUCUUGAGUCAGAAGUCUGCAAACUCUGGAAUACUCAGAACAGUGCCAGAGCUCCAGGACAUAUUACAGAAACUUUGGGAGAGACAGAACAAAGACAGAAGCCCAGAGUUUUACCUCUUGGUGCUUAUGCUGUUUUGGCCUGAUGGUGCAAAGAAAACAGGCAACACACUAGACCUUAAAGUGUGUGUCCAAUAUAUGCGUGAGUCAUAUGAGAGAACCUAUCAGAAAUACCUUCGCUUUCGCUACCUUGUUCCUCUCUUCUUCCUUGGGAACGGUGGAGGUUUGCAGAGACUGGUUCACCAGACCGAGUUCAACAAUCUCCUCUCUGAAGAGCACGAGACUGCUGAAAUCGAAGGUCUUCAGCGUAUUGAGGGGGAGAUCAGAAAUCAUAAGGUGUUUGCUUUGAGAGGUAGAGACCAAAUUGAAGUUUCACCUCACAAUCCGGCCAGUGUGUACAAUACAGACCUGGUCUCCUUCUACCUUGGCUUUACCAUCAGAGGACCUGUUGCCUACAACAUCAGAUAUGUUAAGAAAUCUGCUCAGUUCGUGGACAAACACAAGAAGAAUAUCAUUCAGCGUGUCGAGAAGGUGGAUUUUAUCAUAGAUGACCUUCGUCCACUGAUUAGCACUGAGCAAUACUCAACCAUCGUAGCAGCUUCAACAAACAAUGAAAAAAUGGAAACACUAUACUCUGUUCUGUCAGCAGGAUAUGAAAUAAAGGACAAAUUUUACCAGAGCCUUUUAAAGAAUGAGCGAGGCCUUAUUCAACAUUUGAUUAACUUUGGCAAGAAGAGUUCCAGUUAGUUGUACAAUGUGUUGUAAUGAUGUAAUAGCGAUAUUUGAUAAACUUCAAACAGUGCUGCACUGUGCUCAACAAAUA